CGAGAUAAUGCGAGAUUCUUUAAAAUAGUAGCAGAAACAAUAUGGCGAUGACAGAACAAGUUCCGCUUCAAGUCUUCAUAUAUGUAGGAAUUAUAAUAUGUUCUCUAGUGGAUUUUAUAAAAACCGAAGAUGUUCCAUACACAUUGCUCAACGAACCGUCCAAUUUUAACCCUGUGAUAAGUUUUGAAGGACAUUAUAUAAACAAACGACAGGCACCAUCUUCAUCGGAUACAACAUCCCCCAUUACAGAAACUACGCCAAGUCCUUCUGGAACUCAGAGUACACAAUCUUCAACAACAUUAAGUACAAUUGAUGUUAAGGACCAAGGUUCACAUAAGUAUUAUACUUCAAAAGUUGUACUAAGUGAUAAAUAUUGGGAUGAACUAAAUGAUUUUCCUGCACAGCAUGCUUCAUUAACAAAUGGUCAUAGAAUUGCUGUGACUGUUGGUUUAACAUUUGGUUUUCCUUUUUAUGGCCACUCAGUAAGAAAAGUCACCAUAGCAACAGGAGGUUUUUUGUAUAUGAGUCCAUUUUUACACUCCUGGUUAACAGCAACACAGUAUAUAGCUCCAUUGAUGGCAAAUUUUGAUACAACAAUUGGAAAUGGUUCCGAUAUUUUAUAUAAAGAUUACACUGAUCGUUUUGUUGUGGAAUGGCGAGAUGUUUACCUUCAAGAUCAGAAUCACACAAACCCAUUCAGUUUCCAGACCACAUUACAUAAAAAUGGCAGUAUAGUUUUUGGUUAUAGACAAGUCCCAAUAAAUGUAACAGAAAUAAUAACAGCCAAUCAUCCAGUAAAGAUAGGUGUUUCUGAUGCUUUCUAUGUCGAUGCUACUGUUAAUGGUCAAAGAUCUAGAAAAGGUAUAACAAGGAGAACUAUUUAUGAAUACCACAGAGUAGAAGUGAACUUGACACUAAUUGAGGAAAAUACAGUUGUUCUACUAGAGCCAUUACUAACAUGUAACAUAGCAAAUGAUUGUGAAACCUGUAUACAACAGAAUUCUAAUUUUGAAUGUAAAUGGUGCGCUGCUAUUAGUCGAUGUUCUGAUGGUAUAGAUUGGCACAGACAGGAAUGGAUGAAAGCUGGAUGUACAUCUUUAGCUAGUGAAAAAUGUGCCAAGUCUCCUCCUACAACACUAUCUACAAGGACUACAAACAAGUCAACUAUUACAAUAACUUCAACAACUACUGUUGCAACAACACUGACUACUGUUUCAACAAAACCAACUUCUACUUCACUGAAACAUUCACCAUUACCAAGAACUACUAGCUCUGUGGCAUCUUCUGAGCAAGUUGCUGCAAUUUGUGACAGUUCAUCGAUCAGCAGUGGAAAGGGAAGUUGUAAUGAAAUGAAGAAAGAAAAAAAUACACAACAAGCUGUUGGAGGGAUUAUAGGAAUAGUUUUAGUAUUGCUGAUAUUAAUAGUAGCAAUUGUUGGCUGGUUUGUUUAUGCCUACAGAAAUCCUACAUCUGCUUCAGGAAUGUGGCUGAUGGAGCACCGACCAAGUGUAAUGAAACAGAAAAUAGUCAACAUGAAAUUCUGGAAAAGAACAACAGAGACUGGAGAUAAAUAUAAAAUAGAAUCAUCUGCAUCAGAAGCCUAAAUAAAUCCAUAGAAUGCCUUACAAACCACCGACUGCACUGCAAUCAUUGUAAAAAAUGUGUUAUUUUUUUGUCUGAAGGUUAGGUUACUGUAUGCAAUAAAUUGAAAACAACUAUUUUGUCUGAAGGUUAGAUAACUCUACUUGAUAAAGUGUAUGCAAAAGAUUUAAAGGGGCAUUAGCUAAGUUUGUUUCAAACAUUUAAAAAAAGGAUUUUGAAAUAUUUUGCUAUAAUAGUCAGUUUGCUUCAAUUUUGUCAAAAUUAGCUAAAAAUAAAAACAUCUUUUGUAUUAUUGGCUUGCAAGUCAAUAAUUCAACCUCAUUUGAAUCUGUACUCAUGCAACCAUCAAUUUUACCCUUAGCUAGAGAUGGAUUACUCAUGUGCUAAGUAUGUUUAGUUAUUAAAAAGGAAAAGAAUAUCAACAUUUGAAAGUGAAUCAAGGGAGCCACUGGGAAGAUUUAUUUCAUUGGCUGAUUAGGCCAAUAAAAGACAUUCUUAUACAGUUAAAACGAUUAUUUACAUAAUUUUUAAAUCUAUGACAUGAAAUCAAACAGACCUGGAAAAAUUCCUCAUAUAUGGUAGCAUGUGCUUGUCUAUAUUCAUAUCCAUUAUUUUGUUUAUAUCAGGUCAAAUGAUUGUCGGCCUUCUUCCUUAAGAGUUCAUCUUAAUGAUUAAUAAUAUGUUAUCUAUUCUAAGUAGCACGUAAAAUGCUGAUACAUUUUAAUGAGCCCAUGCAUUGUUAAUUGUUUCUUUUAGACUAAAGUGUUUGCAAUAGAUUUUAAGCUUAUUCAAAUGUCAUUUUGUAGUAUGGGUGCAUAUUCUUGCUUCUAUUAUUUAUUAAAAGAAGAAGAAAUGCUAAGCUUUUUGAAGGUUUCAUUGUAUAUCAAAAACCCCACUCUCUCAUUUUACAUUACUCAUUUUUACUGCAGCUUUCAAUGUUAAAAAAAGAGAAUACUUAAUUAGCAAUGUAAAAUAAAUUGUCUUGUUCCAAGAAAAUGUUGUGCCUGGCAUUUUCCUGCCAUUUUUUCCGGAAAAUGGGAUACAACUCGGUCUAAAAUCUUUUUUCUGACAGCAAUAAAAUGGGGGCCUCCAUACAUCAUAUUUCUAAGUUUAGAAUAUAGUUUUUCAAAGUUUUCAUAAAUACUUAAGGAUAUUUGCAAAGAAGCACAUAACCAUUGAAUUAAUGGUCAUGUCAAAAAUAAAGGAAAACUUGAUUGAUUGCAAAUGGCCAUGAUCAUUUGGACAAAAAGGAGCGCAUUUUUCACAUCAAAUAUGGUCAGAAAAUUUUGUCAAAUUAAUACAUGAUCCAGGUACAUUCUUGCCUUGAUUUUUCUAAAGAAUUUUUUUAAGAACCAGAUGAUCAACUUUACAUACACUAUAGUCUGGUGUCUUAAAACAGUGAUUUAAUAUACAAUGAACAAUUGAUUUUUCGAUGCUAAUUGUUGCUGUUGUUGUUUUGUUUAUUGUUUUUUUUUGGGGGGGAGGUCAUUGUGCAUUGUGACAGGAAUUUAUUGUGAUUUGUAAGUCAUCUUUACAUGUAAACUUACCUUCAGAUGAAAGUGAUUUCAUUUUUUCAAACAUUCAUCUUAUUUUUUUUCAUGUUCAUUUAUAUUAUACAAAUGAUUCCAGGUUGUUUUGUGAGAAUGACCUUAUGUAGGUCACAUAAAAUGAAUAAUUUGUUUACAUAUUUCACAAAAUGAUAACAAUUGGUGUUUCAAUAGCAAUACAUAUAUCAUAAUACUUAUUGUACAUCUUAUACAUGUAUUAGGUUUUAUUCAGAUGAUUUGUGCAGUGUACCCUGCUUUCAUAUAAAUAAAAGCCUCAACUUUUAUUUAUUAGUCAUGCCUAAAAAAAUUUGACCUUUGUCUAAAAAAUGUGUUUAUUAUUCAGAUAAUGACCUAUCAUGAGAAGAUAGAGGUAGGGUCUUUGGAACUCCAGAUUUCUUGACCUAUAAAACUGACUAUCAUGAAAUUCAUCUAUUGAGAGCUGCACAAACAAACAAAUAAGUAAUGAGUACAUAUCAAAUUCACAAAUUAUUCAUUUUCUGUCACUUAAGUUGUUGGAAGAAAAUUCAUUUUGUUAUAAAGAGCUUUAUUUACCCAUCAUAUUUGUUUUCUUCUAUUAGACUUUUUUAAAUAUGUAAAUACUCAUCCUGUGUUGCUCUUUUUUGCAAUACUUAAUAAGCAAGAGAUUAUUUUUACAUGAUGAACGUGGGACGAUUGUGUUGCUCUGAAUCCUACUUCCAAACAUAUUAUUCUGGAGAGCUGAGAGGCAAAAUGUAGAUAUGUUCUUUUUUAACUCUUAAACAAAAUUAAAGUGUGGUUCUUUAAAUGAAAACUAUUUUGCAUGAUUUAAGAUACGAAAACAUAAAACAGAUUCAGAAAUAGGACUUAAGAUACAAAAACCUAAAACAUUCAGAAAUAGGACUGAAAAUACAAAAACAUAAAACAGAUUCAGAAAUAGGACUGAAGAUACAGAAACAUAAAAUAAAUCCAGAAAUAGGACUUAAAAUACAAAAACAUAAAACAUUCAGAAAUAGGACUUAAGAUACAGAAAUAUAAAACACAUUCAGAAAUAGAUAGGAUGGCAGAUCUUAGAACUCCUUCAAACCUCUUGUUUUUAAUUAUAAAGAGAAAAUUUCCCCUGUUUUGGUUUUGAUGGUAAAUAGUGGACAACGUGCAAUCUAAUCCCUAUAGUCACUGACUUGUGUUGAGCCAUCAAAAAUGGUUUAAUUACUACAAUAAAGUAAUUUAUUAAUAAUAUAUUUGAUCAGAUAUUAGAUUAACAAAAUUAUGAAUAUGUGCAUUACCAUACUUUUAAAGAGAACAUUUCAUUUAAAGUUGUUAAAAGUAGUUCAUAUCUAUUCUUCCUAUAAUUAUGGACAGAUCAUGAUUCAAUUCAAACUAUUGCCUGCAUUUGAACAAUGAAAUAUUUUUAUUGUAAGUUCAUGAUGCACAGUGAAAGCAAUCUUUAUCCCCUCAAUGCUGAGAAACAUUUUUCUGUCAUUCACUUAUACCCCACAUGUUUUUUAUUCAUAUCUUACCUUUGUAUGACACCAAAGUUUUUUGUAGAAUGUAAGAAGUGUGUUUUUAACAUUCCAUGAUCAUUACAUAUAUUACCUCGGUUCCUUUGAGGGAAUAAACGUUUUACUAGAUCAUCUAAUUUUUAUAAUGAUUGAAGGUAAAAUUUACAGAGAAUAUGACUGAGCUAGGGUAAUUUUCAGUAACUUAUAAAAAAUCUCAUCUUUCAUUGAAUUUUCAAUUUUUUGAUAUAUUCUUUACUUUUAAUGUAUUUAUAUGUAUAAAAACAAAAUAUGACAUAGUGAUGUAUUUUCACAAUAUAAGAGUAGUCAUUUUUACUUGACCCUAACUUUAUCAAUAUUGACCUGAUUAUAUUAUAUUUAUCUAUGAAUCUGACCUAACUUAAUAGAUCUGCUGACAAACUAUAUGAAUCUCACUGGGAGUGCUGCUGUCUUUGUGAUAGGAUACUUAUUGCUGGGAAAUAUGUAUUCAUUUUACAAUUCCCUUCAUCAUUAAAAAUGUUUUUGCCAAUCCAGCAUCAACAGGGUCUCAUUAGUCAUUAAUUCAGCUAAAAUUUAAAUUGUUUAGAAUUUUAUCUACAUAUAUUACAGAUCUAUACUUUUACUUUUUUUUCAAUAAAUACGCAAAAAGACGAAGUGUUUUAAUGAUCCAUAUCCAUGUAUUGAAAUACUUGUGCUUUAAAUGAGUCUGAUAUUCUUUUAAACAAUGUUUUGGCAAGUUUGCAAAGAAAAAAAAAGAUAAAUAUUUUCUAGCUUUAAGUAUUCAAAUCAGUGAAAUUUAUGUACUAGCAUAUCAGUCCUUUAUUUUUAUAUUUACAGUGUUGUGUAUUGGGAUAUUUUAUGUUUUCAUUUAUUUUUAUUUAUUGAAUAUGUUACUUUGAGUAGAAUAUAUUGAAGCAACUUAUAUCAAAAACAACUAAAUUCUUUAUCAAAUUUCAACAUGUUUAUACAAAGAAUAACUAUCUAUUAAUACUGAUAAAUUUGUAUAUUGAUGAGAGAAUAUUUGAUAUUGUAUGUUACAUGUAUAAGAAUUAAGGAGAUUAUGUUAUUGGUGUCUUUAGUAAUAAAUGAGUUUUUUUUAGGUUUACAAUACUUCUUUCUACUAAUAUGAUAUCUUCAGUAUGAUUUGUGUUUCAAACCUGUUUUGGUGAUUGCCUAUGUAAGUACAAUAAGAUGUUACAAUUGAUGUAAUGAUUAGAUAAGCUAGAAAGGAAAUGUGUGGUCUGUUAAAUCAAGUACCUAUUUAUUUGUCAUUCCAGUUCAGAAACACUAUUGCAAAAAAGUACUUAAUCCUUUUAAUUCUCUAUCCAAGCAUUUGCUAUUUUUAUUUUAAUUCCUACUUUUUUGGAAUCCCAGGAUUCCAUUCAUGUUUAUUGUACAUGAAUAUUUCACAGUGAAAUGGAGAUAAUGUUCACAUAAGUUUCAAAAGUAGUUUAGGCAACAUGUUCUAUUUAAGUAUUUGUAGAUAUGUAAAUCAUAUAAGGGAGCUACCAUUUGAUUUUUAGGGGGGGUGGGGGGCUAGGAUGAAAUUUGAAAAAAAAGGCAGAACAGGAGUUUUUUGAGUAAAAAAAAGGCAGGAUGAGCAGCUUGGCAAAAAAAAAGGCAGUAUGACAAUUUAUGUAAAAAAAGUCAGGAUAAACUAAUGAAAAAAGGCAGGACCAAAUAGAGUGAAAAAUAAAAAGGCAGGACCAAUAGAGUGAAAAAUAAAAAGACAGGACAGAGAUUACAACCAAAAAAAAAUGCAGGACAAAAUUUUUCAUCCUAGCCCCCAUAAAAAUCAAAUGGUAGCUCCCUAAGAAUGAUAGUGAUAUAACUUUUUCAACUCCUGUACUAUUAUUGUUCAAGUUUGAUGGCUUUACGUUUCAUUGCAACAUACAAUUUUUAUCCUAUUUUAACAAACAUUUGAAAUGUAUAAUGUUAUAUACAGGAUUUUUAAUUAGUUUUUUUGACAUAUUUAUGGGUUGAAUUAUUUAUGAUGAUGUGUUUUAAUAUUUUUAUUAAUCAUAAGAUAUAUUUGUAUAUGUUGAACUAAUGUACUUAUUGACAUAAUAUCACGGGUAGAAAUUUAGUUUAUGUUCUUUUGAAGUUUUAAAGCAAAAAACAAAUUCCACAUAGAGAAGAUAUUGAUGAGAAAUGUUUGGACCAGAAACAAAAUUAACAUAUCUCGUAUUCUGAUGCAUACUUUAUUUCACUAUUAGGUUUUAUGUCUUAAAUAAAUCCGUGUACAUCAAUAAUUUCUGUAAAAAGUUUUGAUAAGUUUCAGAAACUCAGUGAAUGGUUUUGUAUAAUGUUAUGGCGAUUUAUAUUUGAUGGUUAGUGAGACCAACCUGAUCUUCUACCACUAUAGGCUUUAAUUGUGAUUUUGUAUCAAAGACUUCAGGACUUUACAAAGAUUUACCCCAGCUCAGAUGACAGAGAUACCAACGAUGUUUAUUGUUUAUGUUACUUUGUUCUACAUUCUUGUUAUCAUGUCAUCAAUACAUCAUUUUUGUUAUAAA